GUAGCCGAGUUAGUUAGCGUUGUGUGCUCGUUAAGGUAGGUGUGUGCGUCUGUUGAAAUAUUGCCUGCCGUCUACUCGUAGUAGACAGUGACCGUUACACUACUACCGAGUUUGAAUUCAGCCGUUGAUAUUCAAGUGGUCAAGCACACACAGUUGCCACCUACAUAUCACCCAAUAAUACAUUGGUGUACAUGCGUUAAAAAUUUCAUUUAAAUCCAGCAAAAGAUUGUAGUGACACAAAUCAGUGUUUGGAUAGCCUACGUAUAACUUGGUCGAACCAAAGAAUUGGACGCGUGUGUGGUUUCUCGCCUUCUGGAAAUUCCCUGAUCUCUUUACAAUUUAUAUUGCAAACAAUUUCAAAUGUAACUAGCGAACAGUGUUUUUUGAGUAUUUAAAUGAACAGUGCAUUUCCAAUUAUGCCCUAUCUAAGGAAAUGAGUUGAACAUUUAUAUAUAUAGCUAUAUAUGAAUCUAAGGCCAACAAAUAAUAGACCGGUUAACCUGUAUACCUACUUGAUAAAACGUUAAAAAGAAAACUUGAAAAGCUAUAUUCGUUUAGCUGAUUACAGUGAAUAUUGGAUCUUAUAAUGACAACGAGCCCCAAAGAAUCUACGACCAUGUCUCCUCUGCAAGAACGUCGUCUCCAGACUUCAGCUCUGACGCGACCUCCCUUCAUGGUGACUUCACCAUCUCGUAUUAUAUCCCACAGACGACACAGACCUGCUCGUGCUGCGUUGUUCCAGCCGCCUGAUGCAAAUAAACACAUUGAACGCCGGCGUAACAUUGAUUUUGCUAUUGAAAACUGCUUCACGUCACGGAAGGAAUUUACCGAUAAGUGGAACUUCGAUCCCUUCAAUAUGAAACCAUUGCCAAACGCUUCUAGCGACAAAAACGCUGCAUCUGGGAAAAGCAAAACUGGUACUGAAACAAAUACUUCACCUAAAUACGAAUGGAAGCUUAUCAAUGAAAACCCCGAAAAGAAAGCUUUGGAAAAAGUUUUGUGCUCAUUGGUUCCUAACGCUCGUCAUUCAUUGCGACUAUCUAUUAUCACACGGCGUGAGAAUUAUCAAGCUUGUGAUAUCGCACAAGAAAAUGAAAAUACUCUCCCUGGAAAUACCGGCGUUCAAUCAAAAUCAUUAUCUGAAGCCGAUUUAGAACCGAAGCCUGAAAUUGCAAGUAUUUCUCUCGAAUCCGAUACGAAAGGUAGCAAUUGUUCAAUAAAUUGCUUGAAUUUUGGUAGCUCUGAUACCUCAACAGUCUUGUUGGAAAAACCGUUAGGAUCCGUUAGUUCUGGCAGUAUUGAGAACAAGGGAGUUACCUCGGAAUCAAUAUCUGUCAUCGCCAACAAGAGCAGCGGCAGCAGCAGUUCUCCCUCAACGGUCGGUAUCGAUCUUCCAACGGCCGUGGUAACGAUCGCCGAAACCAAAGAUCACAAAGACAACACUAAGCAACCUAAGAUAACUGAUUUUGCGUGCCACAGGAAGCGACUUCACAGCGAGGCUAUGGCGACGCCCGGCAGCCCUCCCAACAAGCGACAUCGUUCCUCGUGCUGAGACCCGUGUCCGAGUUGCUACCUAAGUCUUAUACGCAACUAAUAGAGUAAAUAGACCUGUGCAGCGUCGGAGGAAGCAUCGUGUGCGAAAUUUGCAACCUCAACACGAUCGGGAUAUACGACUGGAGUGUCUUUUGUAUACUUCAUUCAUGUCUCAGAUUCUCGAUCUCAUCCAUUUAUAUCUGCGAGAUUGGAUACUCAGUAUUGUUCGACUUGGUUCUAAUGUUUUCCGUAGCUAUGUGACUAAAUUAUUCCAUUUCGUUAUUUUCCUAAUCACUGCUUGGAUUUCCCUGCAAAUAAGUCCAGCUGGAUACAAUCAGUUCUUACUUACCUCGUCUGCUUCUGCUAUUAGCCACAGUUAAAAAUUAGUGCCACUUUUCCAACCUUGACUCGUUUAAAGAGUUUAACUUCAUAAAAGUUGUUUCUAAUAUAUUAAAUUUGACAGUCGUACAAAGCCACCUCCCAAAUUGUAAAUCGUAGUGGGCAAUUUUAUGUUUUUUAUAUUCAAGAGGGAAAUAUUUGGAAAUUAAAUAACUGUUAUAUACAUUACCUAUACCUAUACUUAUAAACCCUGUCCAUUACUGUAUCUGUAAUUGUUAUGAAAAUUUCCCCAUGAUUAAUUUGUAAUGCUUCUUAUAUGAUUAGGGUAUUUAAAUCGCAGGCUCACUAUGAAUUUAAAAUCAAUGAAAAUGCCGUAUCAACUCAUCUUUAAUGAAAAC